AUGCAGGCUGCGGAGCGCUAUCUCGCUUCGGGGAAGAGCGCCAAGUCGUCCAACACCAGCAUGUCACUUUCGGUGGACUACGGAUACGGUUCGGUAUCAUCCAGUAGCGAUACCAACGCAUCCCCGAGCUAUAACGGGCGCUUGGAAAUAGAGCUGGAUGGUAAACAAGGACCUCAGCGGCGUGCGCAACGACGAUCAUCCGCUUCGUCAUCACGGAGAUCAUCGACGAGCUCAAUGGGGUAUUACAAGCAAUCAGAUGAUGAUCUAGAAGAAAGUCUACAUUCAUACGCUGGGGACAACGGGUCAGCCGACGACGAGGAACAACACCUGAAGGAGCCGUCUUUCAUGAAAGCGUUGCGGAGGGGAUCUUUGUCAAAGGAUGAGAGUGAAAUCAAACUCAAGCAGUCGCUUUCCAAAGUGAGCGACUACGUAGAUCCACAUGACGAUGAUCGAAUUCAGUUGAUGAAGGAACGCAUUAGUCUCAGCAAGCAGCUGCAGAAUGUAGCGGGCACCCCAAAGAAGCGCGAACAGCGCUUCGGACGUCGGUCGUCCAUUGAGUCCACCAGUAGUAGUAUGUGCUCCUCGUUCGCUCCCGACACCCCGACCCGCACACACUCUGGAUCAUUAUUUAAAAGCUUGCAAAUCUCCUCAGCCGAAUUGACUGGCAUCGCUUCCAGCGUCCGACAUUCUGAUUUAUCGUCAUUCAAUAUGUCCACGAGUACAAUUCCGGUCACGAAUGCUGUGAGAACUGAUGAAGGCCGGAGACGCAAGCACGUGGUCAAGACGGAUCAAAUAGUAGAAUCGUUGGUGUGGUUUUCCUUUCAUACCCCACGUGCCGUUUUGGAAGAUCUCAUCAAGCACGAAAUGGAAAUCUGGCGUCGCCAGAGUCUACAGCCAAGAAGGGGCAACUCUUUGCCCACCGAAUCUGCGCUUGGCAAGUCGUUACUAACUCCGUUGGAUGACGAAAUGGAUGACCAUAGUUUGAGCUCCCUAUCUGAGGACGGCAAUGCCCGUAUAACGCCAGAACCAGGUGACAAAACGUUUUCGCAAACUCUUCAACGAAUGAAACAAGACACGAGGUACGGAAAAUUCGACAUGAUAAAGUUACCCAAAGCUGUUGAACGGGAAAGUGCUUUGCUGUUUGUUGACAUGUCAGGAUUUACGAAGUUGUCCACAAUGUUGGACGUGGAAUCACUUUCGAGGGUCAUUAAUAGCUAUUUCGACAUGAUAUUGAGCGAAGUCAUCUUGCAUGGUGGCGACAUUCUAAAGUUUGCCGGUGACGCGUUCUUCGCUGAGUGGAAAGUUCUGAGAGAAGAAGGUUGCGAUGCGGAAAAGGCUGAAACUACGAACAAUCCUCUGGCCGACCUGAAUGCGUCCUUGGCAUCAAUCAAUGAAAUGGCGUGGCAUGAUGAUAUUGACCUCCCAAAACUAUCGACUUGCGUUUUGUCUGCUGCCAAGUGUGCAACCGCUAUUGUGGCAAAGUUUAGCGACUAUCAGGUCACCUCGGGAUCUGCUGGUGCUACGGGGGCUAUGCUCAACGUCCAUUGUGGUAUUGGAGUGGGGCAGUUGGUGGGCUUGCACGUUGGUGACUAUAAAGAAAAUCAGGAGGAAGACGGCGUUGAACUUCGCCGUGAAUUUUUGAUUCUUGGUGAAGCGAUUGACCAGGUAUCCAUAGCAGCUGAUGUCGCCACAGACGGUCAAGUUAUGGCGUCACCCGAGGCAAUGCUACAUCUUGCCUUCUGUUGCGAUAUGCCCGACUCCGCUCACAAUUCUACCGAUCCUGUUUGCAUCGCAUCUCGUGGGCAGGCUUUCUUGCAGUUCGAUUCGGAUUUUCAAGUGGACGGCCAAUUGCCUUCCGCCUUGCUUCCUUACGAGUCGCUCCGGCUGCAUUGCAGAACCUUGAACCAUGAGGCUUUAGCCCGACUACAUCUUCAAAUGGCUCUAUAUGUCCACCCCGUGAUUCGUGCGGAUGAGCUGGCUCUAUCCACUGCCAUACAGGCAGGAAAAAUUUCUCAGCCUACAGAAGCCCUCGAGAGUCGCCAUCGAGCAGAGGCAGAGCUUCGAUCAGUUUUCACAAUUUUUAUCAAGCCCAUCGUUUUGCCAAGAGUGACGGGGAUGAGAGAAGUCGAUGAAGAAUUAUUCAAGACUCUUGCCGAUAUCAUGCAUAUUACUUCUCGUGAGCUUGAUCGCUACAGUGGACAUCUUCGACAAUUUAUUGUUGACGACAAAGGUGUUGUUCUUCUUGCAACUUUUGGUCUAAGGGGGUCGACGUUUCCAAACAUGGUUGCCAAUAAUGCAUUGCCAGCUACGUUUGCGAUUCAUCGAGCAUUGAAAACGGAAAUAAAUGUUGAAAGUCGCAUUGGCGCUACAUUCGGAAAAGUGUACUGUGGGGUCGUUGGGGGUGUUAGAAGGCACGAAUUUGCGGUCAUGGGUGCUCCAGUGAACUUGGCAGCUCGACUUAUGAGUUCGAAGGUCAACAAUGGUAUUCUUGUCGACGAGGCAGUAAAAGAACAAGCUGGUGCUAACUUCGCUUUUCGAAGCCUGCCCCCGGUUCAAGCGAAGGGUUACGACAAGCCGGUUCCAAUUCUCGAACCGUUACAUGCUGUCAACGUCGGAAAAAAGAAGAAAGUCUCAUACCCUUUUGUUGGCCGAAGGACGGAGAAGGAAAAAAUUCUAUCGAUCACUUCUGCAAUGUACAGCGGCAUACCAAGUAGUGCUAUGAUAUUUUUGAUGGGAGAGAGUGGUACUGGCAAGAGCUCACUCUCCACGGUCGUUAUCGACGAGAUAAAAAAAAGAUGCGUUAUUUCUUCGAAAACGAUCGUGUCUGCAAGAUCAACUAGUACUGAAACAGAGCAGAGAAUCCCACUCAGAGAUUUAUGCGAGCACGAUGGUACAUGCGAAGACUGGUGUGGAGAAAGCCCUGGUUUUGACAACCGAAGCCAUCAAAGCGUAUCAUCGAAGUCAUCGUUUGCUGGAAUACCGCUCACGUCGCUGAAAGCUCUAUAUGCAAUGAGAGGAAGCUCACGGUCAGGACUAAAGAACAGGGAUUUUGCGACUACUUCACAGGGUGAAGGUGAUUAUAGAGCUUCAAUAAUGCGGUCUAGAGGGCUGCGGGAAAUCAGUGAUUCAGAAGAAGCAUCUUUAGAAUCUUCAGUGCGAUCAGAAAGUAGCGAACAAUCACCGAAGCGUGUCAGCCAAUCACUUCGAAUCCUUGGUGAAGCCCUUGCCAAUGGGACAACAAGACCAACCAAGAAAGAUUUUUUGGCUCCAAAUUUGAAUGUAUCACUCCACCGCGCAACGUCCCGGCCUACGAAAGGUGAUUUCUUGCCAAGCAACUUGAGUGCGUCAGUGCACAACUCAAUGGAUGCGAGUAGACACAAGAGCAAGCGGGAACCCCUAUCCAACUCUCUUCAUCGGAUUACUUCCGAAGAGCCGAAACUAAGUUCCAAAACACGACUUGGCAGGGAUGAUACCAGCAUCGCUAGCGGCGAGAACAGCACUCACAAGCAUGGGGUUGCCGUUCCAUAUUUCGAAAAGCUGUGUUGGGUAUGUGAGAAACUAGACUAUCCAUACGAAUAUGCUGACCUUGUGGGAUCUCAGUUCCUGUCACUGGACGGAGCAAGUCCAGUCACGCAUGUCGACGGUCAUGUGCCGACAAUGGACGAAUUGGUCGAGUUCCUUGCUCUGGCGUUUAUCUGCAUUACAGAGUACGCUGAUAUUUCUGUCAUCUUAAUUGAUGACUUCCAGUGGGCUGAUUCGUUUAGCUGGAAGAUUUUUCGAGAGCUUUGUCAACGAGGCAACAAACUGCUGUUAAUAUGCGCAAUGCGCUCUCAUGAUAAGCAAGCGCUCAGGCGACUCUCAACUGCUGUAACUCAACGAAGCCAGCUCCACUCAAAAAUGACCGAAAUAUCUUUGACUUCACUCGACACAGACGACAUUCGAGAGCUGAUGGCCCAUGUUCUUGGACACAAAGAAGAGCUUAUUCCCGAAUCGCUUUGCACAGAUGUUUUUCAAAGGACUGGAGGUUUGCCUGUAUUCGUCAUUCAGGUUCUCGAAAAUAUCAAAAGGGCAAAAACAGUUGAGCUUGGCGAAGAUGGACGAUUGCAAUGGAACGCUGCAGGUUUGAAAGAAAAGAGAGCGAUUGGAUCAAAUAAAGCAGGUGCAGUAAUGGAAGAGACUUUUUUGAGCCGAUUUGACGGCCUAGACGUACAGGUGAGGAAAGUCCUUCAGACUUGUGCAGUUCUCGGGUUGACAUUUUCUUUUGCAGACGUCGUUCAAGUUCAUCCAGAGAUGGAAGAAGCCGACAUUGAAUACGCGAUGUGCUCCGCUGUUGAUGAGAUGGUUCUUGUGGAACAAAAUGACGAAGAUGAAGAAAGAACUUUAAUCUCUGCUGCCAGCAACGGCGACUUCGAUGAUUCAAUAUCGAAUUUCCUUGCCGCCAGUAGAGCCUCGACAAGCGGCAAAACGCACGAUGAGCGCUUUUUUCAAUUUAGCCAUGCAAUGUGGAGAAAAAGCGUACUUACAACGAUGUUGAAGGAGAGAAAGAUUGAAAUACAUCGCUUGAUUGCAGAGGCUAUGGAAACAGACAAAGUAUUAAUCUUGGAAGAAAGCGAUAUAACACGACUGCUUACUCUUUUUGACCACUGGAAAUCGUGCGGCGAUUUUUCGAAGUCCGCGCCACUUGCAUUAGUUGUGGGUGCUCGUUUGGAAGAAUGGGAUUUGUCUGCACAGAGUUUAGAACUCUAUGAAGACGCUUUAAGUAUGGCCUUUGACAGCGUUGAAACUCACGAGGACAUGGAAGCUAUUAAUGAUGAAUGGGUACAGGUUUCCGCAAGACCAAUUGUCUUGGAUCUAAUUCUCCGAUUACAUAUUCGAAUCGGGCUCUGUCAUCAACGUUUAGGUGAUGAAAGCGAAAGUAUCGCUACGUUCGAAGACGCUUUCAACAUUAUGAACACAUCUUCAAAGUUUCCUGGUAUAAGCAGAUCCCUCAUGAUGCCAAUAAUCUCCUCACUCUGUGUGCUCAAACUGGAACACGAUGUACAAGAUAGUGAAGGCAAAGAAGAGCAAGAACAACUUCUGCAGCAGUUUCUUUGCGAAGCGACUAUAAACGGUAAUCCUGUUCACAUCGGUCGUGUUUUAGCACUCCAAGCAAUGUAUCAUGCCAAAACUGGCUCCCUCGAUCGAGCGCUUGACGAUGUUCAUCUUUUACAGAAAAAGUAUGACAUCCAAGAGAAUUCUUUCGAUAUGAUCACUGAAUAUGGACGGGACUUUGCCCUUGAGUGCUUCUCGGAAAGUGUUCAAUGGAUAUAUUUGCUUGAGAAACAUGACGCUGCAUCGGACCGUGCCGACUUAAUAAUGGACCAAUACCUGACUUUGAUCGACCCAAUAGACGGCGAAAGUAUGAUGGCGAUCCUUCUGCCUAUACUGAAUGUUCUCAAACUUUUGAACCGAGCAACUGAUGCAGAUUGGCUGUUGAAGCGACAUAUAAUCAACCCGGCUCACGACCAGGCCUUUCAUUGUGACUUUUGGGUUCCUCUUUUUAAUCCACUAGCUUAUCUUCUCGAAGUUGUCGUGAUGGAAGAGAGCGAAGACUUUGACGAACAGGUGUUGCAAGAGAUGGAGCUCUGGGUAUUGGAGGAAGAAAACAGCAAAUUUGAUUUUGAUCUUGAGUACAAGGCGCACACGCUCAUGGGGGAACUUUGCUGGAGGCUAGCCAACUUUAAAGAAGAGAACAAUCCAACCCGUGGACCGCUCAUUGACAAGGCGCGCGACUUUCUUACCCCGGUAGCGCAAUACCCUCAUG